CUAGAUGUAGCUCCAUAUUUCCGUGUGUCUCCGGGCCAGGUCCAGACCCAUCUAGAGGGUAACAGGCUGGUACUGACCUGUCUGGCUGAAGGCUCCUGGCCUCUACAGUACCGAUGGAUCCUCAACAACACAGAUAUCACACACUUCUCUCCACUAUACACGUAUGUUAUCCCAGAGGUCCAGAGGUCAGAUGCUGGGUUGUAUCAGUGUGUGGUCAGGAACAGGAUGGGAGCCCUGUUACAGAGGAGAGCUGAGGUGCAGGUCGCCUUUAUGGGUAACUUUUCUGGUGAAGAGCAGCGUCGUACAGUCAGUGUUGGUCGAGCUGCGGUCCUGAACACUCCAACCGUCAGCUGCUUCCCUCGACCGCAGGUCACCUGGUACAGAGACGGUCACAAGAUAAUCCCCAGCAACAGAGUAGCCAUGUCGUUGGACAAUCAGCUGGUUGUCUUGUCGGCCAGGGCGGCUGAUGCGGGGCGGUACUACGUACAGGCGGUCAACGGGCUGACCGGACAGAACCACACCUCUCCCUCUGUCUACCUCAGCAUGGCUGACCCUGAUGCUCUGGUUGAGCCCGUGGCUCCGGUGAUUGUGAUUGGUCCGAAGAAUAUGUCCGUCGUGGCAGGGAGGGAAGCUACACUUGAGUGUAUUGCUAACGCCAGGCCGGUGGACUGGUGUUGUCGUGGAAACGUAAUGGGCGUCGGCUGGCCAGUGGAGUGGGCGUACAAAACACACGUCACUGACCCUCUGGCCCCUCCCUGUCACUGUACUGGGAGGCAAAACUCCACCACCAGACCCACCGAGGCCCGGGCCCAUCUCACUGUACUGGAGCCUCCGUACUUCACUGCUGAACCCAGACUAAAGAGUGUAGCAACGGUGGACAGGAACGUGGACUUACACUGUCAGGCCAAGGGUGUCACCCCCUCCUUCUCCCUCCUCCCCUCUGACCUCACCGUUACCGACGGCAACUCGGCUGUGUUCACCUGCGAGACCACUGGAGCCCCCAAACCUGCUGUCUGUUGGAGGAGAGUUCGUACAUUCAUCUCCGUCCCGCCGGUGGACCAGAGGGUCAUCAAGGGAACCACGGCAACCCUGGACUGUAACGCUACACACGACCCCAGGAUCAACAUCAGUGUGGUGCAGUACCUCCAGCUCAGCGGGGCAGAGUUUCUGUAUGUUAACAUGAUUCUGUAUCUCUGUAGUUUCCAGUGUGUGCAGUACCUCCAGCCCAGCGGGGCAGAGUGUCUUUUCCAGUGUGGUGGAGCAGUACCACUCCAGCCCAGCGGGGGCAGAGUGUCUCUAUGUUAA